AUGUUUAAAAACACGUUUCAGAGCGGAUUUCUGUCCAUUUUGUACAGCAUCGGCAGCAAACCCCUGCAGAUCUGGGAUAAAAAGGUAAGCAGCGAUUUAGACUGUGAUGGAAAUGCGGUUAGCUUCCUUAGCAAGGUGUGCUAAAUCGAAAGGGUAUGAAAACGCUGUUUGGUAUGUACCUUGUAGGCCUUUUACAUUGGCAGUGGGAUUGGGAUUAAUCGUUUCCACAAAAGAACAAUUUUACGACAAUCUUUAGCUUCUUUGGUGGCUUUCCUGAACUGUUAACUGUUAAUUUAAACCACUGUCCCUUAAGGCUCUUCCAGUGGUCCAGAACCCGGCAUUCUGGAGACCUCCCUCACUGCUGCCAUGCAAAGCCAACCACAACGUUCAGCAUUUUAACUUUACAUUUGCAUUCAAACUGUGAAUAAAAAACAACAACAACUUAAUACCGCCUUCCUCAGUGUAGAUGUUUUCAUGUCUGAACAAACUGAAAAAGGCUGGCUCUGUGGUUGGACUCAGUGGAGGAUGUGGUGGAGAGAUCUAUUCUAAAGAACAUAGAUCACCCACUUCACAACACCUCGAUGGUGAUGGACAGCUCCUCUCUCUUCACUGCAGAACAGAAAGAUUCAGAAGAUCUUUUGUACCAACAGCCAUCAGGCUUGAUACGUCUUGUGUAAAUAUGAGAUAACAUUUAGAGACAUAUUAGGUGAGACAACAGACAAUUGAAUUUCCCUUCGGGGAUUAAUAAAGUUCUUCUUAUCCUUAUUUAAGAUACUGCAGGUUUACUGUUUACCACACUCCUCUCCUAACAUUCAAAAUGUCUUAUUUCCUGCCUCCACAUCCAUAUUUGAAUGACAGCAACAUGAUUUCUGGGUUCCUGCUUUCCUAUUUCUUGGUAUUAUUUUGGCCGAUAAACAUACUAAUACAUCUGUGCAAAAACUCACCUGACAACUGUCCUUUGAUAAACAGAUACUAAAGGAUUCCUCUGUGUGAUUUCUUUUGGUCACAGGUGCGGAACGGGACCAUAAAAAGAGUCACAGACAAUGAUAUUCACUCUCAGGUGUUGGAGGUCGAGGGGGCAAAUGUCAGGUGAGUCUGUUGUCAGUUAAACUGACUCUCCAUCUCUCUCUCUCUCACCUCAUUCAUUCAUCUUCUUUGUUGUCUUAUGUAUCACCUGCAGCACCACCUAUAUAACAUGCCCAGCGGACCCCAAGAAGACACUGGGCAUCAAGCUUCCUUUCCUGGUCAUGAUUAUUAAGAACCUUAAGAAGUACUUCACCUUUGAAGUCCAGGUUAUCCCAGAACACACGUCUUCUCACUCGGGACAUAAACAUACAGUGAAUCUUGAGUUUGUUGUACGAGUUUAAUGGUUUUUCAUGCUUUCUCUAAAUUUUUGUAUCUUUCAGGUGUUAGAUGAUAAAAAUGUACGCAGACGAUUUCGAGCAAGUAAUUACCAAAGCACGACCAGGGUGAAGCCAUUUAUCUGCACGAUGCCCAUGAGGUUGGACGAUGGCUGGAACCAGAUACAGUUUAAUCUGUCUGAUUUCACCAGGAGAGCCUACGGCACCAAUUACUUAGAGACGCUGCGUGUGCAGGUUAGCAAACUCAGACAGCCCCAAAACAGUCCUUAAAAGGCGCUUACACUCAGUUUUCUGAAUAAUCUCUAAAGCAAUGGCUUACUUUCUGUUUUCCCUUCUAGAUCCACGCCAACUGCCGAAUUCGGAGGGUGUAUUUUUCGGACCGACUUUAUUCCGAGGAUGAGCUCCCUGCCGAGUUUAAACUGUAUCUACCCGUCCAAAACCAAAAACCCAAGGUGAAACACACACCUCCACACAUGUAAAAUAAAAUAUCAAUUAAUUAUGCAAUACUCAUACACAUAUUAUCAUAGCAGUAGACAUUUGCACACUAGAAUAAAAUGUGCCGUGAUUCAGGUCAAACACUCAUAUUUGUUUGUUUUGUGUUUUGCAGCAGUAA